GUUAUUUUGUAAGAUCUUGUAUUCAAGGUUAUGUUUGAACGUUUUGAGUAGAAAGAGAGGCCUAUGGCACCAAGAGAAUGUUUAACUUGCUUUGGCUAUCUGGUUUGCUUAAUGCUUGUCUAAAUCUGAGCUGAGUCAAUAAAACUUUGUCCAUUGAGAGGCAGACCUUUCAGCACACAACCUGCCUGUCCCAAAAUGAAGUCUUGCAAACAUAUUUUUGUGUUGCUUUUAUUUCUCUUCUCAGGUAAGGUUGCUUUUACAUUGCUUUUUUUAAUGAUGCAAGAAUGUGGACAAGGUUUUCAGAAAUAGUUUGUAAUCUUCAAACCAACUUAAACUGGAUUUAUCCUCUAGACUUGAAAUAGGCUGAGCCCGUGUAAGUGUUUGAAAUGUAGUGUCCUUAUAUGUUUAAUGCUGAUACCUAAAUAAUUUUUUCAAAUAUAUUCUAUAAAGACAAUGGAUUUUCUAAAUGCUUUGCAAUCUCAAGAACUAUGGUACUAAAAGGAUUGGCUCGGGGAUUCUGUGGUCACAUUUAAUGUAAGCUAGGAUGCUUUUAUGCUGAAAUUUUCCAAACACCAGGUGUUUGGAUUUGCAAACUAUGACCCAUAUAGCACUGCUUAAUUAUGUAGGUACGAAGAUACAGAUUAGUCUGUUCUAUGAAACAUAUAUUGUGCCGUGCUGUAUUUUGACUCGGUCCUUUUAUUGUAUGAAUAUCCUCCAUUCCCCUCUUAUAAAUAUAUUCUCUUCUUUAUAUGAAUAUCCUCCAUUCUGCCUUUAGCUCAGGGAAGAUUAGUUAUGCUUCUCCAGACUGUCGCACCCAGGCAACUUUCAGAGCAAGAUAUGCUUAGGUUCAGCCACAGAACUGUUUCGUAUCUCAUCAGACCAUUCUCUUGCUUCAGUAAUGUUAGUGUAAUAGGCAAAAACUACACAGGAUGAUAAGCUGCACACAUUUCGUGUUGUUUCAGGGAUGCUUUCAACUGUCCCUUAAAGGGGAGGCAGCAGCUUCAUAGGAAGGAAACCUGAACGAUUUCUUUUGGGUAGGAGACCUGGAGCCUCUAACUCAAGGCUAGUCAAUUUGGUGCACUCUAAAAACGCUGUUGGACUACAAUUCCUGUCAUCCUUGACCACUGGAUUUGCUAGCUGGGGCUAAUGGGAACUGGAGUCCAACAUCUUCUGGCUACCUCAGCUCUAACUGAAGUAACUCAGCAGCCAUCUUAACUACAAGGUGUUUCUUCUUCCCACAAUCCACUUGGAGGCAGAAUGUGCAAGACUAACUUUCUGGGCUAUAUAAGUAGAGUGCAAUCAUAACCAUGAAGUCCGUGGUUCAUUAAAAACUGAGAAGGGGAUCUGAGAUCAUGGUCCCAAGGCACAUGAUGCAACAACUUCAGAAGAUCUGGGUUUGCUCAUCACUUGUAUAUCCCCUGAGCUCUAUUCAUGGAAGAAAGGAUAUAAAUAUUAAUCAAAAAAUAAUACCUUUCCAGGUGUGGCACUUUAGUUUGGUCCACUAGUUUGUCAUUGGAGGUAAUCUCAUUCACAGCAUGGUUUGUUCAUAUGUAUUUCGAUGCAAGUCAAUGCAUAGAUAAGGGACAUGCCUGCUGUGUGCAUUUGUCUUGCAACACCUGUGCAGUGGUCACUGUUUUCUUCACAUGCAUCUCUUCCCUUGGCUUGGUGAAAGGUAGGAAGGAGGGCUCUGUAGAGCAACCAGAAACCAGGGAGACAGUGGGGAGAAAGCAAAAGAGAAUGCUUCCUGUUUUGAUGGUUGUAAGAAAUGCUUUGGGUUAAACCACAGAGCCUAGGACUUGCUGAUCAGAAGGUCGGCGGUUCGAAUCCCCGCGACGUGGUGAGCUCCUGUUGUUCAGUCCCUGAUCCUGCCAACCUAGCAGUUCGAAAGCAUGUCAAAGUGCAAGUAGAUAAAUAGGUACCACUCCAGCGGGAAGGUAAAUGGCGUUUCCGUGUGCUGCUCUGGUUCGCCAGAAGCGGCUUAGUCAUGCUGGCCACAUGACCUGGAAGCUAUACGCCGGCUCCCUCGGCCAGUAAAGCAAGAUGAGCACCGCAACCCCAGAGUCGGUCACGACUGGACCUAAUGGUCAGGGGUCCCUUUACCUUUACCUAUGUGAUGUUUUAGAAAAAUAUUUCUAAUUAUCUAAUUAUUCUAAUUAUUUCUAAUAUCGUUCUAAUAACAUUUAAAAGGUCAGUGUAGAUCCAGCCAAAGAGCUGCAACCACACAGCACUCUUUAAGAUUUGGUCACAGUGGCCUUGAUGCAAAGGCCAUCUCAGCCAAUAGACAAAUUUCAUUGGACUUUGGAAGUGGUUCUAUAAAUCUGUCCACAAAAAUUAGUACCAUGUCUCCUUCAAUUCUUGGUCUUGACUCAACAAAUAUUGCAUAUCUAUAAGAGCUGCCCGAUAGAACUCAGUCUAAUGAUCACAGUCUAAAGCUGCAAUCUUCACUGGUCUACACAGAAGCAAGCACUAUUGAAUUCAAUAAGGCUUACUCCCAGGUGAAUAGGAUUAGGGUUGCCAGUAUGAUUCAGAGCAACCCUUCUUACCCUUUUAUUGGACAUCUAUAAUCUCACACAAGCAAGUGUGCCCCUCAGCUACUAAUACAGACGGUUCCUCCUUUUGUUUCAAAGCUUAAAACCAUUAUACAGUGGAUACUGUUUCUGCAUUUAGUAGCCAGACACCACUCACUGACAGCUUUCUCACUGCUGAGCUGAACAGGGCAACAAAGCAUUUUCAGUAGAUUUAGCUUUUAAUCUGCAGUUGUCUGGAUGUUAGAAGAUUACUUCUCCAAAAUAAAUAAAUAAUUUUACAAAGAUUAACAAAGUGUUAGACUAUAUGAUAAGAUUUUACUGGUGGGUUGGGUCUGCACUCAGUACUUGCAUUGAACAAAUUGGACUCUGUUUUCCCUGGUCAUUUUCCCUCAUCACUGGAUUUCGGAGCAUCUAUUUAAAGCCCAGAUUACAUAGUUAUUAUGGUCAAUGUGUAGGCAUUCCCUCCUCUGAUUCUCUCCCAUUUUGGUUUUUGCUGCAGAAAAAUCAAAUGACACACUCAUAGUGGUAAAAUAAGCUAAAGAAAGCAAUAAAUGAUUUUACUGCCUUUUACAUGAGGCCGAUAGCCUGCCUCCCUUUCCCUCAUCCUAAUGCAGAUCCCUUUAGCAAGGCAAAAUGGGUGACCUGAAGUCAUUAUGCAGCAAGUUUCUCCACCCAAAAUGUCAGCCAAUGAACUGGAGUGGGAAUGAGGGCACUCACAGUGCUAUGAUAUGACAUCAUGAGACACUGACAUGACAUCAUGAGAAGCUCACACGAUAAAGAGGCAAUCUUCAUAAUGGCAAAAUCCAAAGAAGAAGCAUCUUGAAUAAGAUCUCAGAGAGGGUGACCAUGUGUCCUACUUUGCAGAAGACAGUGCUUUAUUGAAAUAGUUGUCAGAGGAUAGCCCUUUGUUCAAAGGAGUCCUCUAUUUGAAUGGCUGCCCAGUCCUAGUCUGGUUUAAAGCAACUGGACAGUGGACUGAGUGGUCAUCUAUGUUGUGAUGGCACAUGACAACCCCAACAUGUGCCUCAACACAUCAAAAUUGCCCAGAUAAGUCACCUUUUCCCAAUAAUUUUGUUACUGUUUUUAUUAGCUGCCGCAUUUUCACCUUUUAAUCUUGCCUCUUUGCUCAUUUUCUUUUAGUUCAAGGAGAUCAGCUUGAUGAAGACUAUGUAAGAACAGAUGGUGCAUGGAUACUUGGUCAACAAAGCCAGGUCUAUAGGACCCUCAAUAUAGAAGGAUGUGCACAGAAAUGUGAAGCUGAAACAACAUUUACUUGCAGGUAACCCUGACACUGUUACAUCCUGUCAAGGAUGCCCAAAUGUCCUAAUGAUCAGUUAUGACCACAAAUGUUUUGUAUCCAUUAAGACUAGGGUAGCCAUGUGUUCUACCUAAAGAGGACAUUUCUCUCUUUGAAGGGUGCCCAAAUCUGGAUUAAAUGUGAAGAGCCAUCAGAAGAGAGAGCAGGGGUCUUGAAGUUGGCCCUCAAUGAUCAGCACAGGGGUAACCAAUGUGGUGUCCUCCUGAUGUUGUUGGACUAUCACUCCCAUCAGCCCCAGCCAGGGGGGCAAAUGUCCAGGGAUGAUGGGAAUUGUUCCACCUUGGUUUCCACACAUUGUUUUUUGGGUCCAGGUUCAGAUGACACAACAUGGUUUGUUUCCCAGGAGUACAGCGGUGGAGGAGUGAAGUGCCUGUUCAUAUGAAGCCAUAUUUUAUUUUAACUACAGUUUAAUGGGACAUGUGAAUCAGGUUGAUCACAUUUCAUAAUAACAGGCUUGAUGUAACUUCUGCCUUGAUGUAAUUUUGUAUGAAUGACUUUCAGUGAGUGAAUUCAAUGCAAUCAAAGAUGGAUAACAUUAUACUCAGAUUGCAUUCGCGCCCCAUUCACAUCUUGCCAUUUCAACAGGUCUUUUAUAUUUGCCGUCAAAGAUCAGCAAUGCAUUACACUGGGCGACAACACCAAAACAACAGUUGUGUUUAGAAGGGCAGAUGCAAUUCUCUUUGAAAAAAGAAGUAAGUGUAUACAGCUUUUGGAUAUCAUGUCUUCUCUAGCACCUUAUUCAAUGUCAUGUAUUCACAAUAUCUUACACGAUUGACAGCCGAGGCCAUUUGAAAUCUAUUUGAUGGGUGUUUUUGUCAAAGAAACAGUGCCCUGAAGAGAAAGGAAUUCCAAGGUCAUUCAUGGGCUACUGCCAUCUUUUGUCACACACGACCUUAGCCUCAGUUUAAGGGGGAAAACUAGUUAUUUGAGGAAAUGAAAAUAUAGCUGCUAAUAUUGUUUAAGGUGUGGGUAAUCUUUGGCCCUUCAGAUAUUGCCAAACUAUAACUCCCAUUAUUCUGGCCAUUGCCCAUCCUUGCUAGGGUUGUUGGGAGUUGUGGCUCAGCAACAUGUGGAGGGCCAGUGGUUUUGUGUGCCUGGUUUACAGGCUAUUCUUUAUUACUUGGAAUAAUUUCCAGAGAGAGAGAGAGAGAGAGAGAGAGAGAGAGAGAGAGAGAUGUUUGGAUUUGAUAUCCCGCUUUAUCACUACCCGAAGGAGUCUCAAAGCGGCUAACAUUCUCCUUUCCCUUCCUCCCCCACAACGAACAAUCUGUGAGGUGUGUGGGGCUGAGAGACUUCAGAGAAGUGUGACUAGCCCAAGGUCACCCAGCAGCUGCAUGUGGAGGAGCAGAGACGUGAACCCGGUUCCCCAGAUUACAAAUCUACCGCUCUUAACCACUACACCACACUGGCUCUCUGAAGAACUGAGUGGCCUAAAAUAAUUGAAAAUGGCUUGAGUUAAGCCAGAGAGGGACUGCUGAAAACUCCAGAAAUUAAUGCAGCCCUGGAGCAACUUCAACUAGAUCACUCCCUUCCAGGAAGGCUGCUCUUACGUUCUUAGUCUGGUAUCCAAUGGCUUCAUACUCAAGGUGUGAUGUUUGAUUUUAAAAAUGCUCUCAGGACCAAAGUAUACAUGACACUUCAGAUAUGUGAAUUGGAUUUCAUAGAAUCAUAGAAUCAUAGAAUCAUAGAGUUGGAAGAGACCACAAGGGCCAUCGAGUCCAACCCCCUGCCAAGCAGGAACACCAUCAGAGCACUCCUGACAUAUGGUUGUCAAGCCUCUGCUUAAAGACCUCCAAAGAAGGAGACUCCACCACACUCCUUGGCAGCAAAUUCCACUGUCAAACAGCUCUUACUGUCAGGAAGUUCUUCCUAAUGUUUAGGUGGAAUCUUCUUUCUUGUAGUUUGGAUCCAUUGCUCCGUGUCCGCUUCUCUGGAGCAGCAGAAAACAACCUUUCUCCCUCCUCUAUGUGACAUCCUUUUAUAUAUUUGAACAUGGCUAUCAUAUCACCCCUUAACCUCCUCUUCUCCAGGCUAAACAUGCCCAGCUCUCUUAGCCGUUCCUCAUAAGGCAUCGUUUCCAGGCCUUUGACCAUUUUGGUUGCCCUCCUCUGGACACGUUCCAGUUUGUCAAUGUCCUUCUUGAACUGUGGUGCCCAGAACUGGACACAGUACUCCAGGUGAGGUCUGACCAGAGCAGAAUACAGUGGCACUAUUACUUCCCUUGAUCUAGAUGCUAUACUCCUAUUGAUGCAGCCCAGAAUUGCAUUGGCUUUUUUAGCUGCCGCGUCACACUGUUGGCUCAUGUCAAGUUUGUGGUCAACCAAGACUCCUAGAUCCUUUUCACAUGUACUGCUCUCAAGCCAGGUGUCGCCCAUCUUGUAUUUGUGCCUCUCAUUUUUUUGCCCAAGUGCAAUACUUUACAUUUCCCCUGUUAAAAUUCAUCUUGUUUGUUUUGGCCCAGUUCUCUAAUCUGUCAAGGUCGUUUUGAAAUGUGAUCCUGUCCUCUGGGGUGUUAGCCACCCCUCCCAAUUUGGUGUCAUCUGCAAAUUUGAUCAGGAUGCCCUUGAGUCCAUCAUCCAAGUCGUUGAUAAAGAUGUUGAAUAAGACAUCUCACCAUCAUUUUCCUAGCUUAAAAUCACAAAACAUUAAUGUUCUUAUAGGAUGCCUUCCUUGUAGCCUUCCCCAUCCUGGUGCCUUCCAGACGUUUUGGACUAUAACUCCCAUCAUCACUGAUCACUGACUGGGGCAGAUAGGAGUUACACUCCAACAACAUCUGGACUGCAGCAGGUUGAAGAAGGCUGUCUAUAUGCCAUGCAGCUUAGUGGUGGGAGUUAAUUGGGAAAACUAGAUCACUCCCCUCCAGGAAGGCUGCUCUUACGUUCUUAGUCCAAAAUUCGCUAAACAAGUAUGCUCAUGUUCCCAUCAGCAGUUGAGAAAUAGGUCAUGUCAGCCAAGAUCUUGACAUUUCACGGACACUUCAAGACUGCUCCCAAAGGCUGCUCUGGGAUUUCUUCAAGGGUGGAGAGGAAACAGCCAGCAAGGGAACAGAUGUCUCCUGUAGGAGGAUAUUUGGCAAUGACUUCCUCAUUUCUUUCUCUGCAGUAGUGCUGGGCUAAUACACAGGAGAUCUUCAAACACAGCCUUUGAUGUGGUGUUGGCAAUAGAUAUCCCAAGAAAAUGAAAUCCCCAUUGCCUGUAUGCAAUUGUUUGCCUAUCUCUAAGUGUACAUGCUAGAUUAUAGAUUGUGAAGGUCUUUAAAGAUCUUCAUUUAUCUCUUUUGUUUUUCCAAAUCUGUGAUGCAAAGACAUUGCCACUGUCUGUAUUGCAUUUCUCUCACAUGAAACAUAAUUCCUUUUUCUGACCCUCCUCCACAAAUACUAAAAGUAGACAGAGUUUGCUAUAAUUGCUUCCCAUGCACAGAGGUUUGUGCCAGCUGUCGCAAUGAUGUGACUUCAUUGAUGUACUUAAUUGAAAACAACAAAAACAACUUUUUAGAGUGGUGUGUUUCUUAUAAACUGGGUAUUUUAUUUACUCCCUUUCCCAGUAUGGUUAGCAUUUAAUUAGCUAGAGUUAGCACAAUCAACAGAUUGUUUCACAUGCACUUUUUAAAUGCAGGAUUAACUUCUGUUGAAGCAAAUUGAGAAACUCUUCACUUGCACCUUUUAAUAUGAGACUAACUUCACUUGAAUCAAUUUUGGAAAAGUGUUCCUGUCUGCUGCACUAAUUAGCAUCUGGCAGACUGUUGGCAGCACUGAAUAAAUUAUAGUUGUUUGGCAAUUCCAUUCCACCCUAUUAACAUGCUGCAGAGUCUUGCUGCAGUGACUGCAGGAAAGCUCUCUCACAUCCCGGUGUGAAUGGGCUUUUCCCAGGUCAUGCAAUGACUUCCAAAAGGGACUCUUAGCCAUUAAUUUAUUUCCCUAUGAACAGAGCUCUCCCCACCUGGACACACCCAUAUACCCCAAUGCUACACAGCCACCAACAGUGGCUUGCUAGUUUCUUUUGAUGUUUCCACACUUUGGGGCCACUUCCAGACCGACAGUUUAUUUGCAAAAUAUUUAGUUCUUAUCCCACACUUUUCUCAUGGAAUCAUCCUGUCAUUUUCUAGCCACAAGCAGUCAAGUAAGAAAACAGAUGAAACUUUGCAACAGAAAGUGGGGAAUGGCAACCACUAGCUGACAAUGGACCCCUCAAAAAAAAAUUUUUUGUGCGUGCAUUCAUGAUUAUUUGUGCUCAUGAUGGCAUUGGGGCUGUUAUACGUGAGAUGGAUUCCAGUACUUUUUGCACCUGCAAAUGUUUCAGGGCAGGCAUACUGCUGUAUUUCCAGCUGGCACAUGCCUCAAUUCUUCUUGCUGAAAUCCUGUACUUUAAAAAAAAAAUACCACAAAUGUUCUGGGGGAAGGAGAAGUUGUCCUGCUUUUGUUACAGCACAAGAAUGCCCCUGUAGAUGGCGAUAAUGUGGCAACACUGAAGAAGCACCACAGAACAAUGAAGAAAGCCAAAUGAUGUGUGGAUGGUCCAGCAUUAAUCCACCACUGACACACUAUUAUUGUGUUAAUGGCAUGUUGCAGAAUACACCUGCAAGAAAAACACCACCCUGAAGGGGCCCAGUAUCAUAUAAGCUCCACACAAACCUAUCAGGAUGAAUGUUGCAGUCUGGAAACAUUUUGGGUAGAUUGACUUAGGCAUUAAAUAUAGAGCUGCUAUAAUGGCAUCAUGAUAUUCUACAGUAUCCAAUGAUGAAGAGUGGAGGGUGGGAGGAGGCACAAUGCCAUGACAUGGGGUAAGCAUUGCUGCUUACUGUGGGAGAAAGAAACUCAGCACAGUGCACUCAUGCUUCUUCUGGUUCACACACGAAAUGUUGUCUCUCUUGCUUGAUCUGUCUAGCCCACCCACCUUGAAGCGCGAACCAGGCUGCCACCAUUGUCUGUAACUUAUUUCAGCUGCCACAAUCGUAGGAUUGUUUCUAGUUCAGUCCACAUUUCCAUUCUUUGCAUCAGCAGCACUGAUUUGUGUGCAGAAAGGAAUGUUUUGUGUGAACCGGCCUUUCCUGGAUAGUGGCCUAAGCGUGCAGUUCGAAGGAGGGUCUGUGCCGCACCACCUGGAUUGCACUGCAUUUUGUACAGUAUUGUUCAUUUCAGUAAAUGGAAAGUCAGAACAUUAGAUUGGGGUGCAUAAAUAAAUUGUGUGUGUGUGUGUGUGUUUGUGUGUGUUCAUUAAUUCUGAGUGGUGGUGCUGUAUAGUAGCUGUAGCAAUAAUAAUGAUAAAUAAUAAUAGUAAGCAUUGUCUUUCAGUGUAUCUACUUGAAUGCAAAAGAGGAACUGGACAAGACUACAGAGGAACUGAAUCUAAAACUCAGAAUGGAGUUGCAUGCCAGAGAUGGGCAGCCACCACUCCUCAUGUACCCAGGUAUGAUCUGUUCCCAUCUGAGAAUGAGCCGCUUUCCACUUCGUGCAAUGUAUAGAUGUUCAACUAGACUUUGCUCUCUGAAAUAUGUAGGGCACAAUUCGGUAAAAGUUAGUUGUGCCUAACAAACUCCAAUUAUCUGCUUAAUUACUUGUGAGUAGGCCCCACUGACGUCUGCGCGACCAACUUCUGUGUAAAGAUGCACAACAUUGGGUUGAGAGUCCCCUUGAUUAAAGCCCAAUCUUUUGUGUGAUUUUUUAGGAUUAAGUCCCACUGAGUUAAGUAGUACUUAUUCCCAAGAAAAUGUGCAAAGGACUGCAGCUUAAGGUGGACCACCUUCUCAUAGAAACCUGUAGUGCUGCACAAAGCGACUCUUAUGCUAAUAAUAUUCUUUUUAAACCUAUUCAUGCAAAACAGUAUAAAAGAAUUGCCUUUGAACAUUAUCAAAACAAAAUAUUCAAGGUUGUCCAACUAAGUACUUCUCUGAGUAGAUCCAUUGAAAGUAAUAGACUUAAGUUAGUAAUGUCCAUUCAUUUCAAUGGGUUGUAAUCAUCAUCAUCAUAAUCAUCAUAUUCAUACCCUGCCCAUCUGGUUGGGUUGCCCCAGCCACUCUGGGUAGCUUGCAACACAUUUAAAAACAUAAUGAAAUGUCAAAUGUUAUAAACUUCCUGAUACAGGGCUGCCUUCAGAUGUCUUCUAAAAGUUGUGUAGUUCUUUAUCUCCUUGACGUCUGAUGGGAGGGUGUUGUGGUGCUAAGGAGAUCAUUUCAUCAGCGUAAGCAUUUCUGUUUGUCUCUCUCCUCUUCACGCACAUGCUGUUCUGGGGGGGAUCUCUUGAACUUCCAGAACAGAUUUGGGGGUGGAGGGAGUGUUCGGUUGCAUUAGUGGGAAUCUUUACGCUGGUUUCUGCUAGCAUAAUGGGUUCAUUCAAAAUGAAACAAUGGUCUCUGAGUAUGACUAACGUAGAACACAACCCUCAGUAAUUACACAUAGUCUUUAAAGACAUUUCUUUUGCUGCUUCUCUCUCUCUGUCUCUCUCUCUCUCUCUCUCUCGUGUAACAAACAUGCCUUUUAAGGAUUUAUGACUUUUAACCCGCUGCAAUUCAAGCCAUGAGCCAGAUGAUUGGCCAAGAAGAUAGAAUUUAUGUACUUCCUGACUGCGAUGGCAGUAAUAGGUGGCAAAAGGAUUCAUCAGAGCCUGCGUUGUUCUGCAGUGACAAUAAGUUAUAGCUCUUACGGGGAAGCAAUCCAUGCUGAAUUACUAACCUGACGUUUAGAUAGGAUAGGCAAGUAGCUAUUCAUUUCUCAGUGCCUCAUUACUGUUUGCUUUGCAUCCCUUGUGAAAAUAUUUGCCAUAUGAAUAAAGAUACUUUAGUUGUGCAGGACACCGAAAGAGCAACAGUUUUGUAUAAACUCAUGGAUGCAAAUGCAGUUGAUUCAGACCAGAGCUAGUUGUUACAGCGGAUGGGUAGCUGUGGUUGAAAGGAGCUGCAACACCAUGUCUCCCUUCUGCUCUUUCCUCCAGUAAUAGCUGCUGCUAUAAGACGUAUGGCAUGUUCAUAUUAUUGUCACAUCCCUGCCUCUGCAUGUAGCAGGCAAUGGUGUUGAAUGGGGAGAUAGCCUAUAACAGGGAUGUCCAGCUUCUAAGAGACUGCGAUCUACUCCCACUAAAUUUUUUUUUUAAAUUUGGCAGUGAUCCCAUUGUAUUGAUCCUAGUUGUUGAGCUUUUUGAGAUUUUUUUAGGGAGGAAGACCCAAGGUUGUUUGCUUGAGCUUUUUCUCAAAUUGCUUUGGCUCCCAAACAAAUCAGCUCCCGAACGAUUCAAACCUGGAAGUAAGUGUUCUGAUUUUCAAACAAUGUUAGAAGCCGAACGUCUGGCAUGGCUUCCGCGGCUUCCAUUUGGCUGCAGGAACUUCCUGCAGCCAAUCAGAAGCCGCGCUUUGAUAAGUCGGAUUCUGUUCGACUUACAAGGUACGACUGUAUUCUGUUUUCUUCUUUCUUUCUAGGUACUCGCCUACCACUAAUCCUGAUAGUGGAUUAGAAAAAAAUUACUGUAGAAAUCCGGAUAAUGAUGAGAAAGGUCCCUGGUGCUACACAACGGAUCCUUCUACAAGAUUUGAUUUUUGCAACAUCCAAGAAUGUGAAGGUGCAGUUGAGCACACCAGAAUUUUAAUUUUACAAGGCAAUUUUAAAUGCAGCAUAUACUCAAGUAUUGUUCUUUUUAAUGAUGAACAAACCCAGUUUUCACUUGUGCAUGGCCACGUUAUUCAUAAUAUCAAAAUACAAAUAUUGUAGCAGUGACUUUAUAGAAGCAUUACUCUUCUGAUUAAUUCUCACUAGCGUAAGCUGCUGUUGGGUUGUUUGGUAAUCAUUCGUAAGUGAACAGAAGAGAUCCCCAAGACUUGAUUUUAAGACACAGAAAAUUGGAUUACAGAAAAAAAUCCACCUUGGCAAUAAUUAGUCUACGUUAAUCCAAUUUUGAUGAAGCAUCAUUAUGUUUUUAUUCUAUAAUAGCCACUCUGGGAUCAUUUGGCAAAGAAGGGUCAACUAAAAGACAAUAUCACCCAUACCACACCCACACACCAGCAGUUCCAUUACCCCAACAAACAUUGUACACGUGCUCUUAAAAACAUUUUUAUAAUAGUACAUAAGACAGCGUAAUUAAAAACUUCAGGAAGGCAAUAUGAACAAAUUGCUUAUUACCUUAGAUUUUGAAGGGCAGAGUAGCUUAGCUCCGACACCUUCAAGGAACCAGUCCUGAUAUAACCUGAGCUCUAAACUUCCUAGCGGCUUUACCAGCCUUAUAAUAUAAAACCAGAACUUGAUCACUAAGUCCUAUUAUUGUGUAGAGUAAGUGGGGAGCAGAAGACCUAACAUUCCCCCAUUCCUACUGCCUGUAAGACAAGAAGACAAAGCUGCAUGACUCAAAGAGAAAUAUUUAUCCUUACAGAGCAAUGCAUGUACUGCAGCGGGGAAAACUACCAAGGCAGGGUCUCCCAAACUGAAUCUGGGCUUGAAUGCCAGGACUGGGCUUCUCAGGAACCUCAUGCUCAUGGAUAUAUUCCUUCAAAGUAAGUCACAAGUCAAAAAAACCUCACCAAUUCAACUAAUGGCAAUUACCAAUGGUGUGUGGAACAGAAUGGGGCAUAAAAGGAUAGCACAUUGAGUUAUAUGAAGGCUUCAGGCAGAAACCAUUUAUUUUGAUGAUUAAUGUAUUGCUCAAUCCCGCAGUUUCUAAACAGUGUACAGUAGGCAUACAGAAUGGAGUCCGUCACUGAUAACAUAAAAAAAACUUGGGGGUAGAAGGCAUCAGGUAAUCCUAAAGGUAUCCUAGACUCAGGUUGCUAAAGGCUUUGUAAAUUAAUACAUAAGCCUUGGACUUGGCCUUAAAGAGUUAUGUGCUGCUGCUAACCUGCCCUCGCCCACAGUCUCAGUGCAGCAUUUUGCUCCAACUGGAGCUUCUGGAUUAACCCCACAUAGGGUGCAAUGCAAUAACCAAGACUGUACUAUAGUUUCCGUUCUUCUGCCCAUUGAAAUGAAUGGAAUCUGUGUGAGAUGUCUCUGGGUGUAUCUAGGAUAUAGGAACUUCAUGUGUAGAAACUACAGAGCUCAACAUGUAAAAUAUGUGCUUGAUUCCGAAGUCUUUGGCACAUUGCUUUGCAGCUCAGUGGCAGAGCACAUGAACUGCAUGUACAAAGUCAUGAGUUCAAGGAAGCGGGAGAUGAAAAGGAUCCCUGCCUGACACCCUGACGAACCGUUGCAAUUCAUAGAAUCAUAGAGUUGGAAGAGGGACCCUGAGGAUCAUCUUGUCUAACCUCCUGCAAUGUAGGAAUAUGCCACUGUCCCAUACAGGGAUUGAACCUGCAACCUGGGCAUGAUUAGCACCACGUUCUAACCAGCUGAGCUGUUGGGGUCAAGAGAAGGCAAUGCUGAGACAGAGGGACAGAUAGUCUGACCUGGCAGAGGGCAGUUUCCUGCACCUCCCAAAGAAACAUAAUAACCAGUGCAGUGGUCAAUAGGCAGAAGCCUCAACUUUCCCAUGUAAUGUUCAGUUUUCCAGAAAAGAAUCUGAAGUCAAACUUCUGCCGUAAUCCUGAUGGUGAGCCUCGCCCUUGGUGUUUCACCACCAGUCCGACUAAACGCUGGGAAUUUUGUAACAUUCCUCGGUGCAGUAAGUAUUUGGAUGAUCAAUUCCAGGUUGAUGUGAUGAUAUAGCAAUAUGUUCGUUUUCCUUUGGCAGCGGUGGGAAUCCAACACUCAAGUAGAAGAAACUACAGUCCUUUGAUCUCACAGAGCGUGUGGUAGCUUUUUGGCAACCUCAAACAUUUCACAGAAUGGAACGAAUAUUCCACUUAAGGAAGUAGUAAAUUGGAUUGCUGCCUCUUAGGUGUCCUGAAGAUGCUGGCUUCAUUUGCUUUCUCUUUUCUGAUAUAGCAACACCCCCACCAACCUCUGGCCCAGGGCGCCAGUGCCUUGCGGGAAGAGGAGAAGACUAUCGGGGUAACGUAGCCGUCACAAUAUCGGGGAUACCAUGCCAGGCCUGGGCAGUCCAAGAGCCUCACAAGCAUGCCAGAACGCCAGAGAACUACCCUUGCAAGUAUGUUAAACUAUAGAUCCAAUAUUGUUAUCUCAGUCUUUGAGACUAGAAAUGCCUUGCAGUAGGCUUGUCAUCUCUCUGGUUUCCUAAAAAUAAGUGCAAAGUUGUUCCAGCAUCAGUUGCCUUCAUGCAUUUUCUGUUUUAGGCAUUUAGAAAAGAACUAUUGUAGAAACCCGGAUGGAGAGAACAUGCCUUGGUGCUACACCUCUGAUCCACAAAAACGAUGGGAAUACUGCAAUAUUGCUAGCUGUGAUGGUGCACCGGAAGCUACUGGUAAGAGACGCUGCAUUUGUGCAUCUGCAGUAGAUGUGAGCAGAACAAGCCAUUUUGAUAUUAAAAAAACCCAAUCUGGCUAUGAUAUCUGGGUUUCAUUUUAAGAAGAGGCGACAAGCAGAUGCAGAGUAAAUUCAACCCUUUGGGUAGUUCAUUAUGUAGAUUUUUAUCUGUUGCAUCUGUUGUUCCUAUCUGCAUGAGGAAUGGGCUGAGUCAGAAUUGUAUAUUAACUGAAUAAAUUCCUUCUGUUCUUGGGAUUGGCUUGCUUCCCAGGCAAAAUUCCUAUUGAAUUCGUAGGAACUUUUUUUCUGAACACAUGCAUUUAGGAUAUUUGCUUUGAUCUAUACUGUAAAGCAGGAUGCAAAUCAAAUCCACAAGAAAUAAAUUAGGAUUGGGCUGUCAAUCUGAACAAUAUUUUGCAAUAUAAAUCUGCAAUCUGCAACAAGAAGGCUAUUGAUCAUUGACAAAAGGUCCAGAUGCUCUUAAGUCACCAUUUCUUUUCACUUUGCCUUGCUUUCUUGUAGCCUUUCUUGUAGCUUCAGAGAGCCUACAUCAUUCUAUCAUCAGGAUGUAGAACCAAAGGCCCUCUAGCAUAUCUUUCAGGUGCCCUGGAAAAAACGGGACAUCCUGGGUUUUCCCACGAGAUCUUGGUGGGCAUUUUGGCUACCACAAUCUUGUGUGCUCUCCUGAGGUCUCACCCCAAGAAAAGCACUUGGGGUGUGUGCAAAAAAUAUGCUUAUUUCUGUGGCAAUUUUGUUUUAAUUUAGCUGCAUCUCCUUCUGUUGCUGAGCAAACCGAACUUGUUGAUGACUGCUAUCAAGGCACUGGCACAAGUUACCGGGGUACAAUGGCCUUGACCAUCUCUGGAAAGAAAUGUCAAGCAUGGAACGCUAUGACUCCUCAUGCUCACACUAAAACCCCAGAAGCCCUACCAAAUGCGUAUGUUUGCCUCAACUUUCCUCAGACAUUGUGACAUUUUUGUGUGUCUAGCAAAUCAUGUAAAAUGUCCCUACGUAUAGGUCAUGUUAAACAAGAGUCUUUAGGUGAGUGUCUUUUGAUUUGAACUCUUCGAACUCCUCUUGGCAUUACAAACCCGGGUUCUGGAUUUGUUCCACUCCUUGCCAGUCAUGUGAAAUUUCAUGUGAAAUCAAGAACAAACCUUGCCUUGACAAUGUGGUUUGUUUGGAAUGAAACAAACUGCAAUCCCAGGUUUGGCUAUUAUGCUAGGCUGGGAAUUGCUGUCCCUGCUCGUAUUAGGGGAUGAGAGAAAUGGGAACCUUUAACCUUUAAGCAUGGCUUACUGUACCGUGCAAAAACAGCCAGUGUAGGCAGUGCUCAGCUAGAUGGACUAAUGGUCUGUCGUGAUAUAAGACAACUUUUUGAAUAAGAAUAUCAACUGUCCUAACCAUAGGCUGUUUAAUAGUUGAUAUCCUUAUUCAAAUAAUUUUUUGAAAAAUUCGCACAUGUUGGAUAUAUUUUGUUAAAAGUGGUACAAUGUCUCUGUUGGGGCAAGGUCUAUGGUUACAAGUGAUGUCAUUAGUUUAGGAAAAGAAAGACCUUUGGAUCAGACCAAAGGCCCAUCUUGUGCAAUAUUCUGUUCCUAGAAAUGGCCAACUAGAUGGCUUCUGGAAGUUUAUAAGAAGAGUAUAAAGCAUCAGUCACCUCAGUUGUAUAAUUAUUUUAUUUGUUUAAAAACCACAACCUGCCUGAGGCAUCUUGCAACAAAUUAAAAGAAAUCAAUCAAAUAACCAAUUACAAAACCAGCUUAACACAUACAGCAGAAACCCAGAAACGUUGCAAUGCAGCAACAAUUCAGACCCCCCCCAAACAGGUUUAAGCAGUUAUAGAAGCCUUAAAAAAACAGGUUACUGUAAGCCAGGGGUGAGGAGUCUGUGCCCCUUCAAUUGUUGAUAGCCUACAACUCCCAACUCACAGCUGUACAUGGAGGUGCAGGUUAAUUCUGUGUCCAGGGCAGCUGUUUACCAGCUCCAUCUAGUACGCAGGCUGAGACCCUACCUGCCCGCAGACUGUCUUGCCAGAGUGGUGCACGCUCUAGUUAUUUCCCGCUUGGACUACUGCAAUGCGCUCUACGGGAGGCUACCUUUGAAGGUGACCUGGAAACUUCAACUAAUCCAGAAUGUGGCAGCUGGACUGGUGAUUGGGAGUGGCUGCUGAGACCAUAUAACACCAGUCCUGAAAGAUCUUCAUUGGCUCCCAGUAUGUUUCCAAGCACAAUUCAAAGUGUUGGUGCUGACCUUUAAAGCUCAAAACGGCCUCGGUCCUGUAUACCUGAAGGAGCGUCGCCACCCCCAUCAUCCAGCCCGGACACUGAGAUCCAGCACCGAGGGCCUUCUGGCGGUUCCCUCACUGCGAGAAGUGAAGUUACAGGGAACCAGGCAGAGCGCCUUCUCGGUAGUGGCGCCUGCCCUGUGGAACGCCCUCCCAUCAGAUGUCAAGGCAAUAAACAACUAUUUUACUUUUAAAAGACUUCCCUGUUUAGGGAAGCUUUUAAUGUCUGAUGCUGUAUUGUUUUUUAUAUUUGGUUGGAAGCCGCCCAGAGUGGCUGGGGAGACCCAGUCAGAUGGUCGGGGUAUAAAUAAAUUACUACUACUACUACUACUACUACUACUACUACUACUACUACAAUAUCAUCCCUGAUCAUUGACUACGCUAGUCCAGUAGUAUUUGGAGGGUCACAGCUUCCCCCAAAACUACUGUAUUGGUUGGUAUAGCUCAGAAAUGCACCAUUAUAAUGAGUAACCAGGCACAUUACCCUGGGAGCAAGACAUCAUUGAAUCAAAUGAUAGAAUCCUAAGUUUCCUAACCUAUUAUAUUCAAACUGUUUUAAAUGUUAUUCUCACCCUGGAUAUUAUAUAGAGUUUUGUAUCUACAUUUAUAGGGACCUGAGGAAAAACUACUGCAGAAACCCAGACAACGAUAAGGCUCCCUGGUGUUAUACUACUGAUCCCAGUACAAGAUGGGAGUUCUGUAAUCUACAAAAGUGUCCUGAUCCUGCACAACAACAACAACAGCCACAGCCCACAUUGUCACCAAACCUUGGUAUGACUGCUUCCCUCAGUGCAGACAACCAGCCCAGAGUCACCUUUAUAUAGAAGUGAUAUGGAAUUCAGUGCAGUAAAGAUUAAAUAAUUUAUUUUGUGGCUACUUUAAGUUACUAUAGGAUUGCAAUACAGUGGUACCUUGGUUUUUUAGCAUCUCGGAAGCCAAACAUUUUGGGUUUUGAAUGCCAAAACCCCAGAAGUAAUUGCUUCCGUUUUCAAACACACCUCGGAAGUCGAACGGCUUCCACUGCAUUUUUAAAAUUUUUCUCCAUUGACUUUGCAGUCCACCCUUUGCGCCUCAGUUGUCGAAAGUUUUGGAAGUGGAACAGUCUUCCGGAAUGGAUUAUGUUUGACAACCGAGGUACAACUGUAGAGAAAGGUGCCUCUAGGGUUGAUCUUUUUUUCAGUUCACUAGGUUAACAUUCUUUCUGCUACAUUUUAGACCACAUUUGUUGUCCGUUAAAUUCUAUAGGUCUGGGGGGCAGGGGGCAGGAUAUAGGAUAGAUUAUAUUUCCCUAUGCUGUUUUGGACUUCAUUCUAAAAAAUUAGUUCAAUACUGCAAGCAAAUUGGCACUGAAGCAUUUGUGUACAUGUUAUCAGAAGACCAUCAUAUAGGCUUUCAUUAUCUCUUCUACACAGAUGAUCUCCAGGUCUUUAAGGAAAUUGUAGUGAUCAGUAGUUAUAAGUUACUAAUCUCUGUUUUCUGAGGCCUUAAGCAAAAUAAACCAAAUAUAUGGUAGUCAUAUGUGAUCAUAGAGGUCUGAGGUACUGGUUUCAAACCAAGGUCUGACCCAAAUGGUCACAGAAAUUGAAGGAUAUAUAUUUGAUUGAUAAAUUGAAAUAGCAGCAUAGCAUGAACCCUGAUACCAAAGAUACAGAAAAUACAGAUACCCACAAAAUAACAAAGACUAACUUAGCCAAGACUAGAAUACUUUACCAACACUCUUGGUCUCCCAAGUUUGCUGAAGGUGUCAGUCGGGAGAGUACAAACUUAAAGGAUAGACAAAAAGGGCCUGAGGGGAACUAAAUGUAACUGUGAGGUAGAUGAUUCAUAUAUUCUUGUCUAGUAACAAGUGUCUCUCUCCUCAGUCAGUCAAAAGGCUUCAUAGCUAUAAUUAUCCAAAACCCUAUGUCUGGUGAUGCUCCCAAUGACAGCAUUGCUGAAAAAUGUUAUUCCAAUUAGCAAACUGGCCAUGUAAGUCCUUGAGACGCUGGCUUGGGAUAACGCAGGUGCAGUAAAUCUUGUGUCUGCCAGCAAUUAACUGAAAGAGAGAAAACUGCUUUCUCACGAUCCCAGAUCUAACUGAGAAGGCUUUCUUGACAAACCAAAGUUUUACACUUUAUCUGGAAUCAAAGUCUAAACACAGGACAGAAACAAAGUCCCCACAACACAGAAAGAGCUACAAUUCCCAGGUUUCCUGGGCAAAGGGGGAAUGACUGUUAAAGCAAUUUAAACCUUUAGUGGAAAUAUGACCUGUGUAAGAAAAGCCCCCAACCACCCAUUUUUAUCUCUCUUUAAAGACUGUAGGACCGGUUAUGGUAAAGAUUAUCGUGGAAAGAUUGCAGUGACAACAACUGGCAAGACUUGCCAAGAGUGGCGUUUGCAGACACCUCAUAAGCACGAUUUUUUCACACCACAGACUCACCCCCGUUCAGGUCUGGAAAAAAAUGUAAGUGGCAUUAUGUAGCAGGUAGGAUGUGUUGUGAAAUGUAAAGAAACAGAAAAUACCAGACAAGGCUUAAGCAGGAUUGACCUUAUGAAAAAUGUCCCCAAGCCUCCUGAUCUUUUUCUUCCCUUUCAUAUGCUCCCUUUUCAUUUCCCCACUAAUUAUUCCCCCUUUAUUAUCCCAUUCUUUUGCUAAAUGUCUAUCAUGUUUAGCUACAUUUUUAAAAUGUUGUAGUGGUUUGAGUGUUGGGCUAGGACUUGGGAAACGAGGGUUCAAAUCCCAGCAUAGCCAUGCAGCUCCCUGGGUCAGUUAUUGUCUCUCAGCCUCUCAAGGUUGAUGUGAUGAUAAAUGAGGUGGGAGAGAAUUAUGCACAACACUUUGAGCUACUUGGAUGAAGGGUGGGAUACAAAUGUACCAAAUAAAUAAUGUUAUUUUAUCGCAUAAACUAAGUUUGAAACAAGAUAUUGAAAUUGGUUUCUAGAGAGCCAGUUUUAUGUCUGCACCAAAUCCAAGUAGCUUUUGUACUGUAAACAUAGUUACGUUCUUACAGCUUCUAUGGAACUGAAUUUUUCAUUUUGGUUGCAUUUUGAAAAUAGUAAAGGACAUAAGCCCUAGCCGGUGGCUGAAUGAGGUUAUCACACCCAUGAACAUACAAAGAUUGCAGAUUGAGUAGUUCUGUUUUUGUUGUCUCCCCCCGCCUCCCCAUAGUAUUGCAGAAAUCCGGAUGGUGAUAUUAAUGGCCCUUGGUGCUAUACCACAGACCCAAGCAAAACAUGGGACUACUGUGAUGUCCCACAGUGCCGUAAGUAUGCUUGUAAUGACUUGUCAGCUUUGUUAUAUUUUAUUUUUUAUAUUUUAUUUUAAGUGUUUAUUUUUAAGUGUUUAAACGUUUCUAUUUCAAUGUUGUUUUAGGCUGGAACUAGGUCUGCUGCAGUUCGAAAGCACCCCUAAGUGCAAGUAGAUAAAUAGGUACCACUUUAUAGCGGGAAGGUAAACAGCGUUUCCGUGUGCUGUGCUGGUGCUGGCUUGCCAGAGCAGCUUCGUCACGCUGGCCACGUGACCCGGAAGUGUUUCCGGACAGCGCUGGCCCCCGGCCUCUUAAGUGAGAUGGGCGCACAACCCUAGAGUCGGACACGACUGGCCCGUAUGGGCAGGGGUACCUUUACCUUUACCUUUUUAGAUCUGCUGCAGGAAAUGGCAGGCUCGUGUUGAUUUUGCUCACCUCUCCCCAUAAUGUGUAGCUCUGGUAGCACAUAACAUGAUCUCAUCUUGGCAUGGUGCCAUUUAUUCUGACUCUGUUAUUGACAGCUGCCACGGUUGGGGAACAUCUGAUAUGAUAAUUUAAUGUCCUACAUGUCUAUCACUAGACAUUAGUGGAAAAGAAGGCUGGAUGUCUGCAUAAGAUAGCAGUCCUUGCUGUUGUUGAAAUGAAUUACCUCCAGUCUGUUCAAGCUGUUCCACAGCUAGUCACUAGGCAAUUUAGGCUUCAUUGGAUUUUCCUUAACCCUAGCAAUGAGCUGAAGGUUUAGGGUUGGUGUAGGAACUAGAACGGGAUUAUGUUCAACAGGGAAUUUGUGGGAGAUUAAUGGUUUUCAGAGUUGCAUACAAACAUGUCUCAUUAUGGUGUCCAGGUGCAAGACAGGGCGCGUGAACCUUUCAUGGCUGUGUAAUGGAAGGCAUUUCUCAUGAAAACUACACCUGGUGAAAUUUCCUCUUCUAUGCAACUAUUGAAGGUGCACAAGCCAUGUCCACUUUUGCAUCUGACCACUCGGUUUCCCAAAUUAUGAAGACCUGUUGAGGUGUUUAUAAUCCUAACAUUCUACUAUAUUUCACGUUUCCUCUGUGUCUCUUUCAUUUAUUCUUCAGCUGCUGAGGAAUAUGAAUGUGGAAAAGCCAAAUAUAAACCAAUCCUUUGCUUUGGACGGAUUGUUGGUGGAUGUGUUUCAAAUCCCCAUUCUUGGCCCUGGCAGAUUAGUCUUCGAGUAAGGUAUUAAAACCCACAAUCCGUUGUGCUACACCAAUGAUGGGAAACAUUUGGCCCUCCAGAUGUUGCUGAACUACAACUCCCAUAACUCAUGACAAUUGGCCAUGCUGGCUUGCAUGAUGGGAGCUGAGAUCCGGAAAUAAAUGUUCCCCACCCCUGGGCUACAUAAUGUCCCUCAAGUGUUUGUGUUAGUGAGGGAAGUGGGAAAGAUGCAUGCGUUGGUGCAAGGAAAAAAUUGGUAUAAAGAGGAUAAUUCCUGGAUGCCAAGAUCAAAGCUUGGGGCAAGUACUCUUUGGUCAGAGAACCCCAGAAGAUAUUUAAAACCACAAAAUAUGCUGCAUUGUAAAAUAGGAAAUAUAAGCUGUUGGACCUUUAAAAUAUCCCCUUGUAAGUUCCAAAACUUCCUUCUUCCCCCAACAUAGGAAAAGACCACACAUUUGGUAAGUUAAAAAUUGGUUUACUUACAAACGCUUUAAAGGUCUGGUUUAUGUGCUUUUCCAUGCAGCAUUCAUAAAAGGUUGCACAGACAUUUAAACUUAGUUUGGUUCUGAAGUGGUGAAAAUUCCUAAAUUAUUAGUAUUGGAACUCAGAAAUGGCUAAAGAGAGCCAUGCAGUUUGAACUGGAGCAACCAGCUCAGAACCUCUUCACACAUUGAACUUCUUAGGUAGACUGAGAACAAAAGCUUGAUUAUCUGGUUCUUCCCAAGGUGAGAGGUAGUGGGCAGCACAGCUUACUCUAUGGUAUUAACCCUUUCAUGCAUUAAUUAGACUUAACCAACCUCAUAUAACCAACAUGCUUAUCUGACAGUAUAUACAUGUGCUUGAGAAAAGUAAGUUUGAAGUGAAGGUUUCAGUGGAAAAGCUUCAGACUUUUUGUAAAAUUCCUUCAACAUUUCAAUAUGCUUAAAGGAAACCACAUGGACAAAAGUUAUUGAAACCAUUAAAACCAACAAACUUUUGUAACUCAAACUCUUUGAUUUCAAUGGGUCUGCUCCAAAGAUGGUUUAGUUGGCAUCACUUAUACUCAUCAUUUUUAUCAAUAAGAUCACUGUGGGAGAGAGAGCACAUGUUCACACAUUAGAAAAAAAUCUGUGUUAUGUUGAAGCAAAGCUGGAGAACCUCUGACCCUCCAGAUGUUGUUGGAUUCCAUUCACCUCAGCCAGGAUCACCAAUGGUUAGAGUGAUGGAAGCUGUAAUCCAGCCACCUCUGGGAGGCCACAGAUUUCUCACUCUUGAGUUAAAGGCAGUAUUGUUUGCCAGCCUUUGGGGGAAAUUGGGAUACACCCACCCACCUCUGUUAUUUAUAUUGCUCCCUUUAAAGGUUUCCCCCUUCUGAAGACUUUCUAAUAAAAUAGAAGUAAUCAAACAAAAAUAACACAAUGUAUGCAAUAAAAUAAUGACAGUAAUAGGAUCUGAAACAGCAAGUGGUAGAACAGAUAAAAACAAAUCAUCAGAGGGGAAACUCAUAGUUAAAAUGCCUGGGAGCAGCAGGAAUACAACUAAUCUGCCUUUACUUUCUUUUCAGGUCCUUUGAUUUGCAUUUCUGUGGAGGCACCUUGAUAGCUCCGCAGUGGGUUCUGACAGCCACCCACUGCUUAGAGAAGUAAGCCAUUUCAAAGUGUUGGUGCUACUUUCUCUGAGCACACAAGCAACACAAUGGGUCUGCCAUGUUGCAAUGGACUCUCUUUGGACACAUUUACUGUUCCAUGUUUAUUUUUUGUUAGAGGCAUUUAUGCACCCCCAAAGCAUGCGGAUAAUAUUGACUCGGUACAAGGCAGCUUCUUACAUUCCCCUUUUAUAAAUGGUUAGUAAUCAUCACCUGGUGGCCAAUUGUGUUGUAGAAGAAGAGAAUCAAUCACUGGUUCCUAGUUGCUAGGAUUGUUAUAUCCUGCUGUUCCCUGUUUCUCACUAGUGAGAAGUUUUGCUUCUAGCAUCUUAAUCUACCUGUAGCUGGGCAGGACCAACUUACUACUUUUGCACCUGCCCAUAAGCUCCCAAAUUGUACCUGCCAUCUUGGCUGUAAAUUUCACUCCCUGUGGUGUGAGAUGGUGACAAAUGCAUAGCUGUAUGGUGGGUUGGAUUGACGCUGGAGGCAAAGUAUGUGCUUCAGUCGCCCAGUCUCUAACUUCCAAAGAAUUCUGCUCUCUUCAGCCAUAGUGAGCAGACCUGCGCCUUGGUUAUCUGGAGAUGCCCUUACACAAUGAAUCUGCCUCUUGCAGGUCAUCAAGACCUUCAUUUUACAAAGUGACACUUGGGGCACACACGGAGAGGGCUACUGAGCCAUCUGUACAAGAGCGAGAUGUUGAAAAAAUAUUCAAAGGACCAAAUAGGGCAGACAUUGCCUUGCUGAAACUAAGCAGGUAUCCCUUUGUGUUAUAAUUUUAAUAGUCAUGUUAUUGACCAGUUCUUAUGUUGUGAUGUGAUAGCUAUUGAAGUGGUUGUGUGAAGUGCCUCCCACAGUGGUUGGGGAGGGUCAAAUCACAGUACGGAGCAGGGAGAAAUUUAGCUCACACUUUCAUGCAAACCUUUUCAAUGCAUACUCCCCAAAAUAAAUAUAUGAACCAAAUCACAGCUCUCCUAUAGAAUUUGCACUUGCAUGUUCAGGCUCCACACCCUCACUGCUCCUCAGCUGGAUAGGAGGAACUGACACAACACAGCUUAAUUGGGUGAUUGGCCACAGAUGUAAUAGGUUUGGCAUAGGCAUUGGGCAUAUGAAAAGGUUUUGUUUUUGUUUAAAAAAAUGUAUUUAUUGAAAGAAAUAUACACUAAAAAAAUUGGGCACAUUUUCACGAGCACUUCUUAUUUUUUAAAAUCACAAACUGAUGCAAAAUGUGAACUUAAGAGUGGAAAAAUGAGAAACUGAGACAAACCAAGAUUACAGAUUUGCCCACCCCUAGAUCACCAGACCAUGCCUCUCUCUCUCUUUUUUAAAGUAUUAUGUUAACUUGAUUGAAAUCACUAACAGCAGUGAAUGCUUGUUUUAAUCAAAUUGCUUUGCACAUGGAAUGAUAUCCACCUAGUUCUGUGUUUUAAGCAACCACCUGUUGAAGCAAUAAUGAUUUGUCCGCAGUAUAUCUUUGUGUUAUGUACACAUUUAGGACUAAUGGCCCUAAUUGCAGAUUUUCUUUUAGCAGCAACAUGCUGCAAUGAAUGUGAAUUGACACCUGUUCUAGCAUAUCUGGGGCUUCAGCUGCAUGAAGAAAUAAUGUAUGGUCAAAGUGUUCUAAUAUAACAAGGGUAAAAUCAGUCUUGAUAUUUAAACAACAGCUAUCAUGGUGUGAUGUUUGCUUUGCAACUUGCCCUAUUCAAAUAAAUGCCUUCAAGUUAAAUGCUGGACUCAUGCCACGUUCCUAUGCUUUAGGUGGAUAGACUGCAUAAAAAGCAGUAGAUGUGCCUUUCCAAAAUUGAAAGGGAGGUUCCAAACAAGAUCAGCUGUUCUAAAAACAUCGCAUCUGUCUUCACCAUCAGAGCUUAACUCUUUUUGCUCGGGAGCAGUACUUCCAUCCAAGUAAACAUGUGUAGGACCAGGAUACAAGUAAGGCUUACAGGGAAAGCAUUUGAAUUGAAUAUUUCUUAGUUCCAACUUCCAUCACUUUUGCUUGCCCGAGACUGGGAAAAGUCGAGCAUUGAUAAGGACAGACACAUUUGGGAACAUUAGACUUCUAGAAAUGCAUUCCUUAAAAAAAAAAAGAAGUUGCCUGAAGGUUCACAACCCAGCUGGUAGCAAUCAGGAUAAGUGGAAUGAUGAAAAAGAACAAUGCCAAACCUCUUGGAAAUGUUUGUUUCAGCCCUGCCGUGAUCAACGAUAAGGUAAUUCCGGCAUGUUUGCCUCCAGCCAAUUCAAUGAUAGCAGGUGGAGCAGAAUGUUAUGUUACUGGAUGGGGUGAUACAAAAGGUGAGUAAAUUUUGAGCAGCUAAGUAUCCAAAGUAGUUAAGGUUGUGUCGUAUUCCAUUAUAUUAUUCUAAUCUCCAUGCUUUUGAUUUUUUACUUUCUUACACAGGGAUAGGGUUGCCAUAUUUCGAAAAGUGAAAAAUUGUUGAGCUUUUUUGCAAAAUCUACCCCCCCCCAAAAAAAACCAUUUUUUGAGCUACUUUUUAUGAAAUUCACCCUUUGUCCAGAUUUUCCUGGACAUUUCAGUGAUUUUUGCCCAGGCACUUUUUACACGGACCAAAUACUGGCUAUGUCCAGUAUUGAAAGCCUGCCAGCUUGGCAAUUCUCCUAGCUCUACUGGGACAUAAAAAGAGAAAAUUAAAGGCUACCACCCAUCAUUACAGCCUGUCACCAACCUUGCCAAUGUUUAUAUCACAAUUUAAUGUCUGUUUAUUUUCUUCCUUUCUCCCUUACUUGCAAAGGAACUGGUGGAGAAGGCAUUCUUAAAGAAACUGGCUUCCCUGUAAUUGAAAAUAAAGUGUGCAAUCGGCCUGAAUUUUUGAACAACAGGGUCAGAACCACCGAACUCUGUGCUGGGAAUAUUGAUGGUGGCACUGACAGUUGCCAGGUAAGAGAGUCUAGUGAUGGAAAUACUUGACAAUAAUAAUAAUAUAAUAAUAACUUUUUAAAAUUUAUAUCCCACCCAUCUGCCUGGGUUUCCCCAGCCACUCUGGGUGGCUCCCAAAAGAAUAUUAAAAAUGCGAUAAAACAUCGAACAUUAAAAGCUUCACUAAACAGGGCUACCUUCAGAUGUCUUCUAAAAGUCAGAUACAGUGGUACCUCGGGUUAAGUACUUAAUUCGUUCCGGAGGUCCGUACUUAACCUGAAACUGUUCUUAACCUGAAGCACCACUUUAGCUAAUGGGGCCUCCUGCUGCUGCCGUGCCGCCGGAGCACAAUUUCUGUUCUCAUCCUGAAGCAAAGUUCUUAACCUAUUUCUGGGUUAGCGGAGUCUGUAACCUGAAGCAUAUGUAACCUGAAGCGUAUGUAACCUGAGGUACCACUGUAGUUGUUUAUUUCCUUGACAUCUGAUGGGCGGGCGCCACAACCGAGAAGGCCCUCUGCCUGGUUCCCUGUAACUUCACUUCUCACAGUGAGGGAACCGCCAGAAGGCCCUUGGGGCUGGAUCUCAGUGGCCAGGCUGAAUGAUAGGGGUGGAGACACUCCUUCAGGUAUACAAUACAUCAGAAACAAUGGACUUUUGGGUAUUGCUUGGUGUAAGCCUUGGCUGCUCAACAUUCCAAACCCUCAUUAUGGCCCCAUCCACAUAAUACAUUUAAAGUUGUAUUUACAUUUAAAAUGAAUCCUGGAAAAUGUAGUUUAUGUCUUUGUGGGAAGGAGUUGGAGGUUAUUGGUUUUAGGGUAUUUUUUUGUUCUUGUUUUUAUCUUGUUUAUGUUGUGUACUGCCCUGAGAUCUACAAACAAAGGGUGGAAUAAUAAUAAUAAUAACAAUAAUAAUAAUAAUAAUGGUGCCAAGAGUUGCUAGGAGACCCUGGUUCCCCUUACAGAUCUGCAAUUCCCAGUGAUCCCUGGGAAGAGAGGAUUGAUGGUUACACUCUUGGAACUGUAGCUCUAGGGCUCUCCUGACAUUUGCUGUUAUGGGGAACAACCCUGCCUGCCCCUCCCUUAUUUAGUGAUACUGUGCUGUUAGGUCUUUGAACUGCAAUAAAGAAUUGACCUAAUGACCUAGUGAUAUUGUAGUUUUGUAUGCUAACCUUCCUUCCUAGGGCACUGCAUUCACUGGCUAUGCUGUGGGUCUGUAAUGGUUGCCAUAUCUGGAGCCGGGAAGGAAUUUGCCUGCAAACUGAUUAGCCCCAUUUGCAGGUUUUGUUUUCCCCAUAGCAAUAGUCACAACUUUGGUGGAUAAGGCAUUGGGGUGGAAUCCUUUAGUCUAACAUCAGACAGGAGGUGAAAUGGUGGUUCCCCCCCACCUCAGAAAAGGUGUGUUCACAGGGUACCUUGUGAGAGGGGUCUGGUUGGAAGUCUCUGUCCCAAAGCCAAGGCUGAUGGGCCACAGAGCUUCCUUCAGUAGUUUGGGGGGGCAUCCAUGUAGACCUUCAUCUUGCAAUGGACCCAUUAAUCCCAUGAGCAACUCUGUCAUGGCUCAGCCCCGCAUCAGGAGGAUGAGAGUGAUGAUCAACUCAAUACCUAAGUCAAAUCCUACCUCCAUGUGUAAUCAAUAAAGUUAUGGCCAAUUUUAGAAUCCCAGAACGUUGCCUUGUCCAGUUUGUUCACCUUUCUUAGGUUAGGCCUUGCUCCCUGAGGAGGGGUUGCUGCGAGUGUGUCUGCAUAUAUGAGUGACCUUGUGUGGGCACAGUCUCAGGCAAAAUAUAUCUAGUGAGAUCUGUUCAUUACAUGGUUAUGUUUAUUUCUGCUCUGUUUGUUCAUUUCCCUUUUUCAUUUGUAGGGUGAUAGUGGAGGGCCUCUAGUAUGUGCAGAACAAGGAAGAUAUAUCCUCCAUGGAGUCACCUCCUGGGGUCUUGGCUGUGCGCAGCCCAUGAAGCCUGGUGUUUAUGUUCGAGUUUCCCAGUUUAUUUCAUGGAUUGAAAAAACAAUGCGUGAAAACUGAAUUAUUUCACUCUUGUUGAAAGAAGCACAUACAUAUACAGAUGUAUCACACACACACACACACACACACACACACGAUUCAGGGUGCAAUGUUGUAAAAUAAAUUACAUGAUUGUAAAAAUGACCGAUUGGCUGGCUGACUUUCAUUACAACACGGUUUAUAUGCUGCAAAAAUUCAUUUGCAAUGUGCUUAAGCUUGAACAAUAAGCCAAACUGGAUGUGAUUUGAGUGACCCAUGAAUAGAAUUGGCAACAUUUUUAAAGGUCUAAUGUCAUCCAUAGGGGAAAACAUUCUAGUAUCAUACAAGGUGCCUGCAUUGAUUCAUUUGUGGGGCAAAUAGUUUUGAGGGCUUUAAAAAUGCAGGUUCUCCCAUGUCACCAUAACUACAGCUCCAUUUGCUACCAUUUGAUUGAAAGCUAUGACAAAUAAAAAUGAAAUGAAUUGUUCUUAAAUUUGUUUUGUUCAUGUUUUCUGAUCUACUGGAAACAAAUCCAACUGUUCUUUACCUUCAGUUAUUAGAUUAAUUAUCAAUAGAUAAUUUCACAUGAAUACAUAGUGAGGAUUAGAAACUCUCUAUACUGUGUAGUUGCCUCUCAUAACUGAGGUAAUGGGAGGGCCCAAUCCAUACGACACAUAUUGCAUCCUUUGCAGUGCAAAACAAGUGAUUUUAGUAUAUUUCAUUUGUUUUAUUGUUCCAUUUUUAUUCCACUUUUUAAAACCUUUAUUAAACUUUUUUGAAAAUAAACUAAAUCAAACC